GGUGGCGAAUUGAGUAGGGAUUUUUGGAAUUAUGUUGAUUAAUAAUUAGAGGCAUACAGUGUGUGGAAUUUGGCUGAAAUGAACAAUUGUUUGUAGGAAAAAGGGUCUAAAUAAUUCUUGGCUUUGCAUUCACUGGUGCCAGGUCAAUAACUGAGAUACUAAACAUGGAGCAUCUGGGAGGCAGGGGAAAUAGAGAGCCACCUUAAAAAUAGACUAUUUAGUUCUUUCCAAUUAUGCUUAGCAUUCGUGGACAUUGAAAUAAAGAGAUUUUAAUUUCGUGCUAGUUAUACUUCAGAUUCUUGGUGUAGAAUUGACUUUAGAUGAUGGAGUAUUAUUAUCAUAUAGAUAUUCUUCUAUUAAUUUUCUUAAAAGUGAAGAAUAAAUUUUAUGCAAAGCUGCAGGGAUGAAUUUUAGAGACUGACUUAGCCUUACAUGCUUUUGGGAUCACUCCUAAAGGUAUGUGGCAUUGUCAUGUCCUAACCCCUAAGUUGGGGCGUGACAAUUUUUGGUAUCAGAGCAACAUGGUUGAGACCUCUAGGGCUAGGGUUGGUUUUGUAGCCUAGUACAUGGUUUGUGAGAGUGGGGUAGGAAUAGAAAUGGGUCAUACUGCAUAUGUUAUUAAUUAAAUAAUAUUUGUAUAAUAUUGUUUUGUGGUUAAAAUCUUUGUUGUCCAUUUUGUAAGUAGACUUGGUGAAAGGCUAUGGCUGGGGGAAAUCAUGGAACAAGGCGCAGGGGUAGACCACCCCUAAGUGGGCGUGCUAGUGGGAGAACUCCAUUAGUUGCUAGGAGUGAGCCUGUUAAUCGAGAUGAGGUUGAGGUGGAUGACGUUCAAAAUGAGUCAUUGGACUCUUCUACAAGGAAUCAUGAUCAACAUAAUACAAAUGUUGGACAAAGUCGACAGUUGGGACAACAAAGUCAACCAAAUUUCAUGGAAAUUAUGCAGACUAUGGCAAGGACUAUGGCUGAACAACAAGAGUUAGUCAAGUCCUUGGCAGAGCAACAAGCAAGGGUAAUUGCAGAGCAGCAGGAAAAGGUUUCAACACCACAGCUUAUCCAAAAGGGAGGCUUAGCAGAGUUUGUUAAGCUUGCUAAGCCUUUCCAUGGAGAUUCGAAGGAUCCACUAGAGGCAGAAAAUUGGAUCAAGGAAAUGGAGAAGACUUUUCGGGGGCAAGGUGUCACUGAGGAGAAUAAGAUGCCAUAUGCUGCAUAUUUGUUGAAAGAAGCAUUCCUUAAGGAGUAUCUACCUGAAAGUGACAGACAUGAGAUGCAACAAAAAUUUCAUACCCUUGUCCAAGGUGACAAGUCUGUGAAGGAAUAUGAGAAGGAAUUCAACCGGCUUUUAAAGUUUGCUCCUCUGGCUACUCAAAAGGAUGAGGAAUCUAGGAGGUUGAAAUUUCUCUAUGGGCUAAAUCCACAUAUUCUGUCUGAGGUUCAGAAAUUUGAAGUAAGUACAUAUUCCACAACAGUUAACAAAGCCAAAGUUAUAGAGCAAGGUCAGAAAGUGGUUAUAGCAGUAGAGGAGAGUACUGUUGGCACUAAGAAACAGAAAUGGAUGGGUGCCUUAAGCGGGAAAGAUUCCACUAAUCACAGUUUUAUACAGAGCAAAAGACAAAACACAGGAUUUUUUGGGAAUCGAAUGCACCAGGGGGGAAAUGUUCAGUGUUGGUGUCACGCCCUAGAACCCAAAUUCGAGGCGCAACAGACGCCGUGCACUCGUGAGACGGGUCCCACAAACGCACAAGGCUCGGAACUUAUUCAAAUCCUGAACUCUAUUCUCGCAAAAUCUGUUUUAAUACCAUAAAAUUCAAGGUACAAUCUAUCUUUAAAAAAAAAAACAUGAUUUAUUUCUAAAAUCUAUAUCAAUCUCAAAAUGGCUAACCUUCUAACUCGUCACUUCCCGUGAUUUCCGUGUCUCGGGUCAUACUACCUUAAAUGGUGGACAAGGGAAAAUCAUGAGAUAAAAUAUCUCAAUAAGUAAAUGUAUGGAUAGCCCGUGGGUAAAAUUUGAGCAUUUCAAAUAAACAGUUUAAACAUAAACGGAAUGCUCAAUGAUAACCAUUAUGCAGAAUAAAGUUCAGUAGUAGUC